UGAUUACAAGCCAAACGAUAAGAGAAAAAGGCAAUGAAGCAAAUCUUCUCUUCCUUUCCCUUCCUUGAUCUCUUCCUCUUCUUCUUGAUCUACACUUCCACCUUCCAUGCCAUAACUUCCACUGAUCUCGUCCGGGAGACCUGCAAGAAAUGUGCAGGGAGAGACCCGAACCUCAGCUACAAUUUCUGCGUGACUUCCCUGCAAGCCGCUCCCAAAAGCCACUGUGCAGAUGAUCUUCGUGACCUUGGCAUGGUAUCCAUAAGGCUCGUCCGCCAUAACUUAACGAACACAAGGUCUUACAUUAAGGAGCUCCUGAAGAACAAAAAGCUGGUCGACCCUUUCGUAAGAUCAUGCUUGCAUGAUUGCUUCAAUCUCUAUUCUGAUGCUAUCCCUUCGACCAAAGAGGCCGUCGAGGAUUACAAGUCCCAGCACUACGACGAUGCUAAUAUUGAUGUGAGUGCAGUCAUGGACGCCUCUACAACUUGUGAAGAUGGGUUCAAGGAGAAAGAAGGUGUGGUUUCGCCAUUGACGAAAAGAAAUAACAAUACGUUCCAGCUGUCUGCUAUAUCACUUUCGAUCAUAAACAUGCUUCGGAUGAGUUUGAAUUAGUUUACCAGGGUCACUUAGUUCAUCAAUUUUAGCUUGAAAAAUGGUUGACGGAUCUUUUGUUUUUCUUAUUCAUAUUCUUUGUUUUCGUUGCCUGGUUUUUUCAUGGGGAUGAAGGGGCGAGAUAUUCAGGGAUGCUUCCAUUGAAGCUAACUUUGAAGAGUAACUUGUAAUUUAUCCCUGUCUUGCAUAAUAAUUACUAUUACUUAAG